UUCUCUCCUUCUUUCCCUCUGUGUUUUCCUCCAGAGACCUCCAGCUUUUGACCACACUGUUCUAACCUACUGGCCCUCCACCCCACACCACACACGCAAAGAGAGAAGCACAGGAGAGCCAUGUGUACUCUACACGUUCCUCUAUUGGCCAUACUGGUCAGUGUGGCCCUGUGCCAGUAUUAUGACUACGACUACCCGCCUGUCUCCGUGCUAGGACCCUCAGGGCCCAACUGUCAUCAGGAAUGUGACUGCCCGGUGACUUUCCCCUCUGCCAUGUACUGUGACAGCCGCAAGCUCAAGGUUGUUCCUGUUGUCCCGACCGGGAUCAAGUACCUUUACCUCCAGAACAACCAGAUUGAAGAGAUCAAGGCUGGAGUGUUUGAUAAUGUCACUGCUGGACUUCGCUGGCUCGUACUUGACAACAACCAGAUCACCAAUGGUAAGAUCGAAAAGGGAACGAUCGACAAGCUCACUGCCCUGGAGAAACUCUUCUUCAGCUACAACAACCUCACAGAGCCCAUCAUCCCUCCCUCAAAAUCCCUUGAUGAGCUGAAAAUGAUGCACAACAAGUUGAACAAGUUCCCUUCUGGACUCUUGUCUGACAAAGAAAAUUUGACCUUCAUCAGUCUUCAGCACAAUCAGCUCACCUCUGAAGCCAUUGCAGGGGCAUUCAAAGGGUCAAAGAAGCUGAUGUCCCUCGAUGUGAGCCACAACAAGCUGAAGAAGCUGCCAGCUGGUGUCCCCAGUUCACUGGAAAUCCUGUAUGCUGACUACAACGACAUUGAAGGUGUUGGGACUGGAUACCUCAACAAGCUUCCCAAACUGCAGUACCUGAGGAUCUCCCACAACAAGCUGGUGGACUCUGGGAUCCCCUCUGGAGUUUUCAAUGUGUCAACUCUGGUGGAGUUGGACCUGUCUUUCAACAAGCUGAAGUCCAUCCCUGAGAUCCACGAGCAGCUUGAGCAACUCUACCUCCAGGCCAACGAGAUCAACAAGAUCGAUCUGUCAAGUUUCUGCAAGUACAUUGGACCCAGUAACUACUCCCAUCUGAAGCAUCUGCGUCUGGAUGCCAACAACGUCACAUCCAGCAACUUCCCGAUCGAUUACUCCCAGUGCCUGCGCCAAAAUCCAGAUAUCAUGUUUGAAUAGGAAGCCUCGGUCAAAAAUCUACGACCUUCCUGUCAUAACACAGCUCAUCCUAAUGCCUUGUGGAUUUCAAUGACAUAACAUAAUACAUUUUUUAAUUACUGACGUGUCCCAGCACCACUGACAAACAUCCCCGUGGGGUUUUUGUGGCAUCUUUGAAUACUAAAUAUGCACAUGUCUUAAAACUGGGCUAAUUUGAGAUACAAUUCAUACAUUUGAGAAUGUUCUCACAUAAAACAGAUUGUUAAAUUCACCAGUCGAGCAAUUUGUCUGGCUGAGUAUUUUGUCUAACUGUGGAGAUUGAAAAAAAAAAAAAAAAAAUGUAUGAAGAGAGAUUAUACAUGUGCUUCGAUUCGACACACACUUUAAACAUUCCGUACUUGCAUAAGAUUACAUCUGAUGCAGACAUCAUGGAGUAAGCAGUAGCUAAUGUUCUCCAUUGUCUCAUUUCAGUUGUAGUGUCCGUCUGUCGUCUGUCUUGUGUAUUCAUUGUUUGGCACUUAAAAUAGGAUAUAGGUACAGUAAUUAAUCCAUUGCUGUGCAAAGGAUCAGCAAGUAAGGAUUGCAUACUGCAUAAUCCCUACGUGAGGAAUUGUGGUCAAAUUGUAAAAUAGCAGUUUACAUUGCAGUCAAAUUUUCCGUAUCUUCAUUUUCAGUGUUCAUUUUUGUGUGUCUGUCUUUGUUUUUUACUUUAUACUCAACGUCUUAAUGCAAAUGUGACAUGAUGUCACACUGAAUGUCAUUUUUGAAUUCAUAAACCUAUGUAUUUAUGUAGGCUUAUAAAAUCCUAGUACAAUAAAGGAAAAAAAAACUGAAUUGGGAUUUACAUAUUUCUGCAGCCUUUUGGGUUUUUAGAAAUGUCUGCAUUCCUUCUUCUUUUUUACAGAAAUCACCAAUAAAAAAAAAUAGUUUCUUCAUGUUGCUUAAUUCUUAACUGUCCGCUGUCAUGCACAUUGCUGAUUUGUAUACAUUUGCAUGCGUUCAAUACCAUUCUUUGAUAAUAAACUACAGCUUUUUGCAGUUAA